UUUUUUUGUUACCUGGAGAAUACCUGGAGCUACAGUAUGAAAAGAACUUAAAAUGUCGUCAAAACAGCAGGAUCGUGGAGUAUGUGCAGGAUGGCAUUGUAAGACGAUUUUUCCGUGUCCAAAAGGUUGAUUUUGAAGAGUAGGUGUUUGGAGUUGUGGGGGGCGAUAUACCUGCAGGGAUGUUUGAACAAGUAAAAACUGAUUUCCUUGCAGUCUGAAAGCGAACUUAAAACAUAAUGCGAGCGGUCAUUCCUCGGGCGUAUUUUUGUUUUUGCUGCUCCUUGUACUGUAUAUUGUACUCCAGAAGCUUUCUGGAUUCCACCUUGGUGUUGCACCUGAGAAUUUAGCGGAUAUCCAACAAAUCAUGGAACUAAAAAAGAACCAAAGAUUGUACGUGGCGUUGUUGGGCAACACGGCAACGUUUUCUGCGCUUGGAAUGGUUGAAAAACACAGCUAGUAUGCAUGGGGAUUUUUGAACCAUUUGUUUUGUGAAUGGCACUUGCUGGAAGCCGAUAGAUCAUGCACAGACCCUUUCGCCAGUGGAUUUUUUGCGUGUUUUUGUGUUUUGGAAUCAUCUAUCUGAAACUGGGAGCCCUGUCUUCUGUGGUGGCUUUGGGCGCAAACAUCAUCUGUAAUAAAAUACCGGGGCUGGCACCUCGACAGAGGGCUAUAUGCCAGAGUCGCCCCGAUGCCAUCAUCGUCAUUGGCGAAGGAGCGCAACUUGGUAUCAAUGAAUGCCAGUAUCAGUUCCGCUACGGACGAUGGAACUGCUCUGCGCUGGGCGAGAAAACUGUAUUCGGGCAGGAGCUGCGAGUAGGUAGCCGGGAGGCCGCAUUCACGUACGCGAUCACAGCAGCAGGAGUAGCCCAUGCUGUGACCGCGGCCUGCAGUCAGGGCAACCUCAGCAACUGCGGCUGCGACCGGGAGAAGCAAGGCUACUACAACCAGGAAGAGGGCUGGAAAUGGGGCGGUUGCUCAGCAGACAUCAAAUAUGGCAUUGAGUUCUCCCGAAGGUUCGUAGAUGCCCGCGAGAUCAAAAAAAACGCAAGGAGGCUGAUGAACCUACAUAACAAUGAGGCAGGAAGAAAGAUCCUGGAGGAGAGGAUGAAGCUGGAGUGCAAGUGCCACGGCGUCUCGGGAUCCUGCACCACCAAGACGUGCUGGAUGACCCUCCCCAAGUUCCGGGAGAUCGGCUACAUCCUGAAGGAGAAGUACAACGAGGCCGUGCACGUGGAGGUCGUGCGGGCCAGCCGCCUCCGCCAGCCCACCUUCCUGAAGGUGAAGAAGACACAGAGCUACCGCAAGCCCAUGGAAACGGACCUGGUGUACAUCGAGCGGUCGCCCAACUACUGCGAGGAGGACACCGCCACCGGCAGCGCGGGCACCCAGGGGAGGCUGUGCAACCGCACCUCCCUGCACACGGAUGGCUGCGACCUGAUGUGUUGCGGCCGGGGCUACAACACGCACCAGUAUACCAAAGUGUCCAAGUGCAGCUGCAAAUUCCAGUGGUGCUGCUUCGUCAAGUGUAACACGUGCAGCACGAGGACGGAGGUCUUUACUUGCAAAUGAGGGCGGGGAGAGGACUGUGGGAGUUGAUUGGCCGGUGGGAGGGGGGGGGCAAGGGGCUGAGGGGGGGGGGAGAGAACAACAAAGCGAAAACAGAAGAAAAAAAAGCACCGACUCUGGAGCGACUAAGAGAAAACGACGCUGAGUGGAACAGAACAUUUCAUCUGUUUGUGGCAACAUUUUGCACAUUCAUCUAUUUACAGAAAAAAAAGUCAAAUAAGGCUGCGGUAGUCCAGUUCAAGAAUGACGUAUUUUAUGCACUGAUGUGUCCAAACCGACUUUAAUUAAGGAUGUAGGAUACAGGUAGUGCUUGAUGGGAAGCGUACAGUGCGCUUUGGUAUUUGUAGUUCUUUACCCAGGUGGGAAAGGAAACAGGAAGUGACUCCAACUCCCAGGAAGUAAAGCAACUUGACGAUGACUCCAUAUUUUAUAGCGCAACUAACUGUAAUGAUUCCCUAAUGUUAUGCUCAAUCUUCUAGUCUAACAAAUGUCCUUAAGGUUUGUUGGGGAGAGAAAAAAUUGACUUAAAUGCACAAACUGGAACCUUUUCUGAGCUAUGUCGAAGUGAAGAACGCUGCGUUAGUUUAGUGCCUCUGGAAGCACUGAAGGCUGAAAUUUGUCUGAAUGGGAAAUAGUCUAUAAGCCUUCUGCCUUGAACUGGAGAAUGGCAAAAUGUUAGUUGUCCAGUCACACUGGAACCGUUUGUUUGAACACUGAAAAUAAAUUGUUUAUUUAUGUUAUAGUAUCUUUAAGCAAAGCACUAACGGGUAGAAAUGUCUUAUUUUGUACUAAGUGUAAAAAAAAAGAAAAAAAAAUCUUUUUAGAAACUCUUGACUGAAGGUGCAUCUUUUGGAAACCCCAACAUUUUCAUUACUACUGAUUUAAAAAAAAAAUAUUCACAAGCAGAAAGAAAUGUAAAUGACAGAAACAAAACAGCUAAAUGUAAGCUAAUGAGUUUUAAUACCAUUUUGAGGGAGCAGUUGUUAAGAAUCACACAGGCAAAAGCAAUUUUGCCUGGUGUCACUCUAUGGUUUCAAACACUGUCAGAAAUAAGAAAACGCCUAUUUUCCUGCCUUUCAUUAAAUGUUAAAUCAGCAUGUUGUUGGAUGUCUUGCGGAGUGCUGCACUGAUUGAUUUAUUUUUAUUUUUAUUCAGCUCCAGCACAAAUGAAAUAAAUCUAAAUUUAACUGA